CACACCAUAGCCAUACACAUGGUCCGGCCCUGAAGAAUUCUUGCCCCCCUCUCAUGCAAUCCAGCCCCUCCCUCUGAAUUCUCUGUCCUCUGAAGAAGGCUGAGUGCAGGAGGAUCCGGUGCUCUUCUCGGGUUAUGGGUGCUCAAGAAGCAUAGACAAGAACAACUCCAUCUUCAGUGCUGCAUUGUUGAGGAGAUUCAGAUUUCGGAAGAAGCAUAAGAGUUGGUGUUCGCAGAAUUCUCCAUCGACCUCGUUCUGCCUCUCUUCUUUGGCCUUUCUUUUCUCUCUUUUGGUCUCCCGCUCCCGUGGCCUGUCAUGGAAUCCUCCCAGAUCACCGGGGAUGGCGGCGAAGAGUGCAACAGCAAUGAAUCUGGGUGGACGAUAUACCUGACCUCCCCCACGAGCAGCUAUGAAGCAAAAGAGAAUGGCAGUGAAGGGAGCAACGUUGAAGAUGGCAGUGGCUACAUCACUGAGAGGAGGAAAGGGAAGGAAGAGAACAACGCGGAUGAUGAUGGAGAUUAUGAUUCCCUGGCGUCUGAUGCUUCCACAGGGACAUCUCAAGUGAAGGUGCUUGAAGGCAAAGAAGAGAAAGAUCGUCAGACAAAUGACGGUUGCAGCAAUGAACAUGGCAAGGAUGAACAGGCUGAGACGCUUACCAAGUUCUCGACCGGCAGCAACAAAAAGGCGGGCAAGGUGAAGAAAGGGGACGACAAAAGCAGCAAAAGAGGCCACAAUAGAAGACGUAGCUCAUCAAGAACAAGCUUCUUUUGGUAAAGGAUGUAAAAACCUUGCUCGUCUAUUUCUUUCUUAUCAAGCUAGAAUCGAUGUCAGAGGCAUGAGGAAUUGAAGGCCUUGUCAUGGUCCCUGCUAUUGCCAUCUAUUGUUUUGUCCAUUUGUUAGCCACCUCAUAGGUUAGUUCUUCCUAUGCAAAUCUGUCACCCUUGAAUUAUUAUUCAUUGCCCUAUUCUUAAUAUUGACAUUCAAGCACUACAUGCUCUCCUAUGUUUCUAUAGACAUUAAUGAUCACUUUGUCCAGAUACACCUCCCC